AUGACGAGGUCUGGCAGCAUAGCCGCGAAGGGCGACGUGCUCGGGACCGUGGAUCUUGCAGUGCCGAAGACUGCCGACAUCGUGCAGGGACUCCCGAAGAUCAACUCGAUGUUCGAGGUCGCCAAACAAGCUACCAAUAUCGAAGGCAGGCUCGAUGAACUGUGGGAAGAUGCGAAGAAGCAGUACCGCGGCGUCGAGGCGGCAAAAAUGGCCAUCCGCGCCCUGCAGAUGGAGCUGCCCGCGGAGAUCCAGUCGGUGUACCGGGAGCAGGGGGUCUCCAUCAACGCCAAGCACAUCGAGCUCGUCGUCCGGCAGAUGACGAACAAGUGCCUGGUCGUGCAGGGCGCGGGUCUGCUCAAACCAGGCAGCCUCGUGAGCUAUUUGGACGUGGAGGCGGCGCAGGCCCUCAUGACCAGCGACAGCAUCGUCGUUCGCCCCGUCGUCCGCGGCAUCACCAGAGUGGGCAUGGACAACCACGUCUUGGUCGGCAUGGGCUUCCGCGAGGUCGACAACGUGCUGCUCGCUGACCUGGUCGGGGGGCCAGCCCUGCACCCCCUGUCUGGGAUCAAGGAGAAUCUGAUGAUCGGCAAGGCCAUCAGCGCGGGCACCAACGCCUCGACCUGA